GCCGUCUUACCCAAAAUGAGAACUUUAGAGGAGGUGCAGGCCACCCUGCAGAUCGCCAAACUGAAAGAAGAGGAUCUACAGAAAACGAUUCACUGUCUGUCUUUUGGGGAAGAUGUGUCAUCUGCAGACUAUUGCCUGAUGGAGCUGGACGAUACACUGUGCAAACACAUAGAAGCAGGUCAAAGUCUGGUGAUCCGAGGGGAUAAGGAUGAGCAUGCUGUGCUGUGCAGCGGUAAUAAAACCUAUGAUCUAAAAAUAGCAGACACCUCCAAUCUGUUGCUGUUUGUACCAGGAUGCAAAACACCAGACCAAAUGACAGACAGCCAGGAUGGCUCUCAUGUGGUGCAUGCUCAGGUCUGGGGAUUUUGCAACAGCUACUGGGAACUGAGGAAAUGGCGUCCUAAACUGAAGAAAUUAAAGAAGCUUUUAAUGGAGAAUCCUUAUGAAGGACCUGCUUUAGUAGGGCAGGAGGAGAACACAGAGAACAGGUACACAAUGCAGGAUCUAUUGGAGAGGAUUCAGGCUAGUGAAGAGGAGAUAAAGACCCACCUCGAGACCAUCCAUGCCUGUCAGAUAGAUGGCUACUUGCGUGUGCUGGACUUUGACUACGAGAUGAAGCUGCUUGGUCAUGUGACUCAGCUGGUGGAUUCUGAGUCAUGGCCAUUCAGCAAGGUUCCCCUUCAGACUAGUCUGGAAGAGUUAGCCCCACUGGAGCCCAAAGAGAUGAUUGAGCACUGCCUGAACUGCUACGGGAAACGUUAUACUGAAAACGACGAAGUGUUUUAUGCUCUAAGUGAGGAUAAAGUCUGUCGGGGCAUAGCACUACUGCUGCUGCAGAAUGCUGUCAAGUUCAGCCUGAAGGAGUUUCAGGAGGUGUGGCAGCAGAGUGUGCCAGAGGGCAUGAGCACAAGACUGGAGCAGCUAAAGAGCGUGGCCCUGGUGGACCGCACCUCACAUCCAGAGUCCAUCUGCCUGCUGCGUGUGGAGGAUCUCCCAGAGGAUACGUCGGAGCGCUUCAGCCAUCUCUUCAGACUCCGAGAGAAAUGGACAGAAGAGGACAUCACGCCAUACAUACAAGACCUGUGUGGAGAGAAACAGACCACUGGAGCCCUCUUAACCAAAUACGCCCGAUCUUCAAUGCAAAAUGGGAUCAAGGUCUACAACUCCAGAAGGCCUGUGGCUACAUGAACAGAUCCACUGUCAUUUACAUUUAAAAUAUAUGUUCUUACAUUUAUUCUCAGUGUAACCUUUGUACUUGUUGCAUUGUGCAAAAUAAUUAUAUUUCUUCUAAAUUAUCUUCUAAAUGUCUGUUCUAUCAUUAAAACUUCUAGCAA